UAUUUAUUAUUGUAUUGAUUGUUGUAACAGUGUUACGCCGGGUCAACGAAAAUAUAAUAUAUAUUAUUAUUACUUGAUUAUUACCUACACAAUGAUGAAGUAUAUGUUAUUUGUAUAUUUAUUUCAUUAUUCCUCUGUUGUAUACGGGGGUAAACAAUUUAGAUUAGGAAGAAGCAGAGGUGGAAACUUAGGGGUUCCUGCAGGCUAUGAGGGUCAAAAUCUCCCUCCUGCACAAUGGUUUAAUCAAAAACUAGAUCACUCUAGCCCCUCAGAUAUAAGAACUUGGAAACAACGGUAUUUUGUUAAUGAUAGUUUCUACGAUUUUAAUAAUCCUGGACCAGUGUUCCUUAUGGUGGGUGGCGAAGGACCAGCGGAUCCCAGAUGGAUGCUCACAGGUGCCUGGAUUGACUAUGCAAAGAGGUUUAAAGCUCUGUGCCUUAAUUUAGAACACCGGUAUUAUGGAGAAAGUCAUCCAACCAGUGACCUCAGUGUGAAGAACUUGCAAUACUUAUCAUCCUCACAGGCUCUGGCGGAUCUGGCCAAUUUCAUCAGUGCUAUGAAUGACAAGUACAAGUUUAACAGACAGGUAAAAUGGGUCGCAUUUGGAGGGUCAUAUCCGGGCUCGUUAGCAGCAUGGCUGAGGCUCAAAUACCCUCAUCUUAUCCACGCUGCCGUUUCCUCCAGCGGUCCGCUGCUGGCAAAAGUCAAUUUUAUGGAAUAUUUUCAAGUGGUAGUCAAUGCAUUACGCGAAAAGACAGGCGACGAUAAUUGCGUGGACCAGCUCAAGCUAGCGCAUGAACAGAUCGAGAUGAUGAUGCAGUUACAUCCCGAAGUCAUCGAAAAGGAAUUCAAAGUUUGUAAACCUUUUGCAAAAGCUAGUAUACUUGACAUGAAAACAUUCUACAACGCUAUAGCUGACGACUUCGCUGAUUUAGUCCAAUAUAACGAGGAUAACCGUAUCAGUGCCAAUGAGAAGUACAGGAAUAUCACCGUUAACACUGUCUGCAGCAUGCUUACCGGCCCAGAAAAGAAUCCAGCCUACAAAAAGCUAGCCAGUUUCAACUCCAUCAUGCUCGAGAAGGCCAAUCAGACCUGCUUAGAUUACAGCUACACGAAUAUGAUUGAAGAGUUGAAAAACACUACCUGGGGAAACGAAGGAGGUCGACAAUGGAUGUAUCAGACGUGUACAGAAUUCGGGUUCUACCAAACAUGUUCGGGGGCUGUUGAAGUUUUCGGCAAUCAUUUCGGCCUUGAAUACUUCAUACAACAAUGUCAAGAUGUAUUUGGUAAAAAGUACGACGAACAGUUUAUAUCAACGGCUGCUGAUUGGACGAAUAGCGACUACGGAGCUCUGGACAUCGCGGUGAGCCGGGUGGUGUUUGUGCACGGCAGUGUCGACCCCUGGCACGCGCUCGGCAUCACCUCCACAGUUGAUAACUACGCUCCCGCCAUAUAUAUUCAAGGUACUGCUCACUGUGCGAACAUGUAUCCUCCGAGUCCUAAGGACAGCAGCGCUCUAGUGGAGGCUCGCCUCGAAAUACAGCAGUUUCUUAGUGUUUGGCUCGACUUGCCGUAGACACUUGAAGGCAUUUGAGGCCCAUUACAGUGUGAUAGUUUUCAACGACAAAAAGAAAAAUAAAUUCGCAAUGUGAAUGUAUUCGCGCAACGUAGGACGCAGAUGUUGAAAGACAUCUAGUGUGAGUACCUAAUAUUACGAAAAAAACUUAGGAAAAAGACAUUUUAAAAUUAUAUCUAGCGUUUAAGAUAUAAACUUAUAAAAUGCAUUUAUACAAAUGAUUGCCAAUGAAAGGGAAACCAAGCUCUUAGUUUAUAAGAAAGUUACUUAUUGUAGAUAGAUUUCAAAUCUUAUGAAUAUUUUAUUUUUAUUAUGUAGGGCAUCUUAUUCUUUUGGUGGUGGUUUCUUUCUAAAAGUAAGAUUAACAUUAAUUACUAGUACAUUAUUACUGAACCUUGGAAAGAGUUGUUAAUUCAUAGCAUGGUACUCGAGGUGUACAUGACUUACCAGUUGCUCUCUUCAUAGAAUCUCUUUUUUGUCGACUUGAUAAACUAAAUAAAACAAUAUAAACAAUAAAA